CCACAUAGCAGCUGUCUCCGGAGCAAGUGGCGGUUGCGAUCCAGUCCGGGUCUUCCGGCAGCCCAGUCCUCGCCACUGAACUCCAACCCCCGCGCUCUCUAUCAGCAUCUCAUUCCUGUCUCAAUAUGUCUCAAGAUGGCGGCCAAUGCAGGAUCGAUGUUUCAAUAUUGGAAGCGCUUUGACUUACAACAACUACAGAAAGAACUAGAUGCCACCGCCACACAGCUUGCCAACAGACAGGAUGAGAGCGAGCAGUCAAGAAAGAAACUCAUCGACCUGAGCCGCGAGUUCAAGAAGACGACGCCAGAGGAUUUACGGAAACAGGUUGCCCCUCUGCUGAAGAGCUUCCAAGGAGAGAUCGACGCCUUGAGUAAAAGGAGUAAAGAAGCAGAGGCCGCCUUCUUGAACGUGUACAAGAAAAUAAUUGAUGUCCCAGACCCUGUACCUGUGCUGGAGCUGGCUCAGCAGCUGCAGCUGAAGCUCCAGAGGAUGCACGACAUUGAGACAGAGAACACCAAGCUACGAGAGACACUGGAGGACUACAACAAAGAGUUUGCAGAAGUUAAAAACCAAGAGGUGACCAUCAAGGCCUUGAAGGAGAAGAUCCGCGAAUACGAGCAGACUCUGAAGAACCAGGCUGAGAACCUGGCCCAAGAGAAGCAGCUCCAGCUACACAACGACUAUGCAGAGAAGGAGAGGAAACUCCAGGAGAGUCAGGACUCCAUGUCUUCAAGGUUGAAAGAGGCUGAACACAAGGCGCAGUCCCUGCAGACAGCACUCGAAACAACUCAGGCCGAGCUCUUUGAUUUGAAGACGAAGUAUGACGAGGAAUCCACGGCAAAGGCUGACGAGAUUGAGAUGGUGAUGACGGACUUGGAAAGAGCCAAUCAGCGAGCGGAGGCAGCAGAGAGGGAGGCGGAGGCGCUCCGAGAGCAGCUGUCGUCAUCUAACCAAUCCCAGCAGCUCAGCAGUCCCACCAAGGCCGACCCUGACUCGGAUCAGGCGUCGGAGGUGGCGUCGCACUCGAACCUGGAGGCGGAGCUCAGGGCCAAAGAAAGGGAGACCGCCCAGCUGGUGGAGGAUGUCCAGAGACUGCAGGCCAGCCUGACCAAACUCCGUGAGACCACCAGCUCCCAGAUCUCCCAGCUGGAGCAGCAGCUUAGCAGCAAGUCUGCAGUUCUCAAGGAACUGGAGGAGAAACUGGAACGGCAAGCCGACUAUGAGGAGGUCAAGAAGGAACUAAGCAUCCUUAAGACGAUGGAGUUUGGAACCGACUCAGUGCAGGACUCAUCCAAACCUCUGGAGGUGCUGCUGCUGGAGAGGAACCGGACUCUUCAGUCGGAGAGCGCCGCGAUGCGCAUCGCCAACACGGAGCUGAGCGGGUCAGCCGGGCGGAAAGGGACAGAAGAGUCCGCAGCGAAGGAGGACGGCGUCAACAGCGAGCCCUCUCUCCCUUCAUCCUCUUCCUCUCAACACCCCUUAUCUCGCGCUCACGUAGACCCCCUGAACGCCGCCGCCGUCAGCAGCGAGGCCCCACCCUUCACCCCGACGGGCAUCGGACAGGAGCUGUACUCCCCCGUCUUCCCCCUGGUCGGCAGCAAGAUGGCGCUGAACUCUCUGAUUCAGCGGCAGCUCCUCCAAACGUUCUACUCCAAAGCUCUGCAGGACUCGUCGGGGAUCCACAGCGGCGCCCUGCUGUUCACGCCCUUCACCCCGGCGCUCAGCUCCAUCCCUACCUCCACCCCCGGCUCGGCGUCGGCCGCCGUCCCGCUGGCGGCCAGCAGUCCCCAGCCGCCCCCCGCCAGCCCCGAUAUGGCUCCCGUCAACGGGAGCGGCACGGCGGGCGGCGCCCCGUCGCCGUCACCCAGCCACUCGGACGCCACCACCGCUGGCGGCGGCGUCCUGGACGGGGAGGACAUGGACACGGCGGAGAUCGCCCGGCAGGUGAAAGAGCAGCUGAUCAAGCACAACAUUGGCCAGCGAGUGUUCGGCCACUACGUGCUGGGACUCUCUCAGGGCUCGGUCAGCGAGAUCCUGGCCCGACCCAAGCCCUGGAACAAGCUGACCAUCCGGGGGAAGGAGCCCUUCCACAAGAUGAGGCAGUUCCUGGCCGACGAGCAGAACAUCCUGGCACUGCGGAGCAUCCAGGGGCGACAGAGAGAGGGCUCAGGCCAGCCCCAGCUUAGCCGAGUGUUUCAGGACGCUCCGAAGCGGAGAACCCACUCCGAUACACCUUCACACACAGGUAACAUCACGGCUCGCGUCCGCACCCCGGAGGCGGGCUCGGAUGAAGCCAUCAAGUCCAUCCUGGAACAGGCCAAAAGAGAGCUGCAGGUGCAGAAAGCUGACCUGUCCCACGCUCAGCCGUCUUACAUGGGGCUAAAAGGAGGGGGCGGAGGCGGCGUAGGAGGCGGCGGGGGCAGCGGAUCGGACGAAGCCAUCCGCUCCAUCUUGGAGCAGGCGCGCAGGGAGAUGGAGGCUCAGCAGGCGGCGUUGGAGCCCAUCCUCAAAGCCUCGUCUGCGUCUUCCUCCUCCGCGUCUCUGUCUCAGAGAGACAUCCUGGGCUCGUCCCUCACCGCCCCGCUGCCGCCCUACAACUCCCUGGCGCUCUCCCUCAAGAAGCCGCCGAGCUCCCACCUGUCCUCGCCUCCGUCCCCGUCUCCAGUGCUGGACUUCAGCUCCGGCGGGAAACGAGACGGCCGGGCUUCCUCAGGGAUCGACAUGUCGGCCGACGGCACGUUCAGGCUGGGCCGGCCCUCGGAGGGCUCCGGCCGCCCCGGGAGCGCCAUGGGAGGGGGCUACUGGAGGGAGCAGUGGUGGAGCAACAUGCACUCGGACCACCGGAGGGCCAUGUCCAGCCAGGUGGGAGAGGAGAACCACAACCAGGAGGACUCCAAAGAGGGAAUAUUGAGCGACACUUUAACUCGACACAAACCUUGGAACAAGCUGAACCAGAGGAGCAGGGAGCCGUCGUACCUCCGCAUGCAGACGUGGCUCAACGGCGACCAGGCGCAGAACACGCACGUCCCGCAAGCCCAGAACCAAGCAGAGGGGACUCCCAAGACGUCGGCGAGCUGCAGCCCCGCUCCCGAGUCGCCGCUCAGCUCGGCCGAGGAGUCCGUCAACGGUCUGGCCGGGGACCCCCUCGCCUCGCAGUCCUCCGGCCUCAAGCCGCUGUCUGAAGACCCCUCGGGUGGGGAGUCCCAGCCCGGCACGCCGCUGCCCCUACCGGGCCACUCUGGCCUCAGCAUCCAGGAGAUGGUCGCCAUGUCUCCCGAGCUCGACACGUACGCCAUUACCAAGAAGGUUAAGGAGGUGCUAACUGAUAAUAACCUCGGUCAGCGACUGUUCGGGGAGACCAUCCUGGGUCUGACUCAGGGUUCUGUCUCAGACCUGCUGGCCAGGCCUAAACCCUGGCACAAGCUGAGCCUGAAGGGCCGGGAGCCAUUUGUCCGGAUGCAGCUGUGGCUCCAGGACCCGCACAGCGUGGAGAAGCUCAUGGACAUGAAGCGCCUGGAGAAGAAAGCUUACAUGAAAAGGCGGCUGAGCUCCCUGAGCGACAGCCACUCUGUGGACGGAGUUUUACCGGGGCCCGAUUACAUGCAGGGCUCCCAGAGCCCGGUGGGCCAGCAGCAGCUGAAGAAGCCCAGGGUGGUGCUGGGCCCCGAGGAGAAGGAGGCCCUAAAGAAGGCUUAUCAGCAGAAGCCCUAUCCCUCCCCUAAAACCAUAGAGGAGCUGGCCUCCCAGCUCAACCUGAAGACCAGCACCGUCAUCAACUGGUUUCAUAACUACAGGUCACGCAUCCGAAGAGAGCUUUUCAUAGAGGAGAUCCAGGCGGCUGGGGGGAUGGGGCCCGGCAGCGAGGGGGGCUCUCCGUCCCUCCGCGGGUCCAAAUCAGGGGAAGGGGACAGCUGCGACGGGACGGAGUCCGAGGGCACGGUGGAGACCCGCCAGGGCCUGGGUGUGGGCCUGGAGGACCACAGAGGAGCGUGCAAAGACCAGGGCAUGGAGGUAGAGUCCGAGGCCGGGGGCUCCAACGACUCCCCCGCAGAGUUGGACUGCAGCGCCUCGGGCUUGGCUGGGCCGGGCUCCAGCUGUGUGCAGAGCGGACUGGGCAUCUUCGGCCUCACGGAGGCGUCCUCCACUAGCUCCGCCUCCAGUACGAACGUCCCCGCCAGAAACCCCAGGGACAACAAUCUGCGCAAGAAGAAGGCGGCCAACCUCAACAACAUCAUCCACCGGCUGGAGAAGGCCGCCAGCAAAGAGGACCCGUCAGAGUGGGAGUUCUAGCUCCACCCCGACCCCCAACCCCUCCCCUCGUCCUUACCGUCUCAUAACCUCACGACCUCUAACCUUGGAAACCCCUCCUGCUCUGUUCCAGUCGUAGAGCGGUCACAGCCAAAGUCAAGCUCAGCAGCCAUUUUUAUUGCAUAGAAGCUUUCCAAAAAAAAUAAUA